CCAGGUUAGGCCAGGCAAAUAUUCCUUGAUCGAAUCUCUUCCGUCCUUGUGCCAUGGGUGCCAUGGCCACAGCUGCUGUGGCCCUGCUGGUCUCCUUCACGUCGGUGGAGGGACACUCGACCCUGUGGGUCCAUGGUGAGACCGCAACACAAUCCUUCGUGGCGAUCCCGGCGGUGUGGAAUGCCUACCUCCCGAGCUUCGGCCAGCCGAAGCUCUCCGUGAAAGCGCCGUUGGACCGGGAAUCCGUCAACCUUCAACCCAGCUUCUCCGGGCGAAUGGUGCAACCCUUCGGUGAAAAUGAGACGACGAGGAGCCUGGCCUGUGACAUCUUGCCCUCCACUCCGCAGAUCGAGAGCCUGGCCUUGCUGGUGGAUCGCGGUCUUUGUGAUUUUCGCCAGAAGGCGCAGAACGCCUAUAACGCAGGGUACAAGGCCUUGAUCGUGAUGAACACGGUGCCAGGUCAGUCCAAGGUGCCGGACAUGACCUCGCCCAACGGCGCGCUGGACGACCGACUGGUGGAGCUGCCGGCCUGGGCAGUGGAGAAGGCGACGGGCCAGACCUUGAAGAGUUGGAUGUCGACGGAUCAGCUGAGGCUGGAGGUCACCGACGACCCUCGACGGCCCUCCUUGGGAGCCUUUCAGGAGGAUAGCCAUGGGCUAAGGUUGGUCUUUACCAAGUGAUAGCAUGUGAUAGCUGUGUACAUAGACAAUACUAGACGUCGCGAGAGAGGUGAUUGCUUUCUGAAGGUCAAAUAAAUGUUUCACCUCUCUCAGCUAAGCGAGUCAUCCAUUUCGUCACUCGGCCAACCGUUUGUUGCCGAACAAUGUGCCCUGCGCCCUGCGAACGCUCAAUGCGAAGAAUGACUCCGC